AUUAGCUUGGUUCAGCCAAUGUUCCACAAGAUAUUUCACUGGGACUGUUUUCAUACAUGUAUCUACCCUUUACAAACCACAAUGCUAGAUUUUGCAUACACCACAAUGCUAGAUUUUGCAUAGUAUGCUAUAGCCCAUUGCCCCCAGGUAAUAGACGUUUCCUACCUUCACCACGAGAGAGUUCCAUUAAGUAAAGUAAACACGAUAUAAAAUAUUGAACCAAUUUUUAUUAGAUCCCAGAGGUAAGGGUGUUGGUCUAUUGUCUGUCUUAAUUAGGGGAGGGGGUUAAUUGAAGAGUCCCAUAUCAUGAGAUCAACAUUUUAUAAAGUGGAGUUGGGAAAGAAUUCUUUUGAAAAUAAAAAUGACAGGGUUAUGAUGACACAGGUGAGUGGCAUGGUCCAUAGGCAUACCUGUUAACCCUCCCGCAUUGCGCGGGAGACUCCCGCAAAACAGCCUAAAAAUCAAAGAUCUCCCACAUCCAACCUAUCCCAAGCGGGAACCUUUUUAUCACUGGGAAUAUAGCGUUUUACAAACACUUUUGUUUUAAUUUUAAUUUUGAGAAUUUUUAGAAUAUCAUAUAGUUUUCCCAAGUUUCGUAGAAUAGCGGGAAAAUGUUGUAUGAUAAUAACGUGUUCAAAUAGAUUUGCGUAGGAAUACAGGGCGGGGCCAUAGGAAGGCCAGUAUAAAAGGUCAGAGUUAAUAGUAAAGGUCAUUCUAGCCAGUUUCACUCAGCGCACGAAGCUUACAUUCUUUUUUCGCGGGCAGCAUGGCGGCACCAAAUGACGAUUUCUUACAAAGAGUUUCAGAAAUAAUGGACUCCAAACUGUCUUCAUUCGAGCAAAAGAUAUCCAAACAACAAAAACAGCAACACGAACAGCAAUUGUCCAGGAUUCAGGCAGCAAACGACAAGAUAUUCGUUUUCAAGAGGAAGGGAAACGAAGCCCAGUACAAAUUCAACAACAGCGUAAGAGAAAAAUUGAUAGAAGCCAACACCAGCUUAAGCGAAGGGGAACCAGAAAUGGCCUUUAACAGCAUUUCAUCAGAGCUAAACAUUGAACAGAGAGUACACGACAGUUUAUUUUUAGCGGGCAUCGACACAUCAUCAGCGGACAAUGCAGCUCUAGCAGAAAAAAUGUGUGAAUAUAUUGUGAAAUCCAGAAGUGAAAACACAAGCAAAAAAUAUAUGUCGUCAUUCAAUAGGUGGUCAAAAUUCAUUACGAACAAAGGAAAAUCAGCUAUUCCAGCCAAUUCAAUGCAUGUCGCUUUUUAUCUAACGCAUUUGUUGAAUAUCGGAUGUUCUUUUCAUGUUAUAUCCAGUGCUGUGUACGCAAUCAAGUGGGCGCAUUCCAUUUUAGGAUAUGAGGAUCCAACAGAACAUCCAUUCAUUAAAAAUAUAGUAGAAGCUUCCAAACGCAACAACAAAGCCAGAGUUAUCAAAAAAGAAGUCGUCACGACUAAAGAUCUCGUAUUAUUGUGUGAUAUUUAUGCAGAUAGUUCCAGUUUGUUUGAAGUGCGUGAUAUGUGCAUGAUUCUACUUUCCUUUGCUGGUUUUUUACGCUACGAGGAACCAAGUUCACUUCGUUGUUCAGAUGUUAAAUUUUUAGAUGGAUACGUCAAAAUUUUCAUCAACAAAAGCAAAACUGACCAAUAUAGACAAGGAAACGAAAUACUAAUUUCCGCGGGUGUUACUUCUGCUUGUCCGGUAAAAAUGUUGCAACGUUAUAUAUUGCUCGGAAAUAUAGACAUUUUUUCUGAUCAUUUUUUGUUUCAAUCCGUGUUUAAAUCCAAGGAGGGUUUAAAGUUAAUAUACAAAAAUAAAAAACUAAGUUACACGCGAGCAAGAGAGUGCAUGUUAUCAAAACUUAAAUCCAUUAUGGGAAAUGUCAACAUUGGUCUUCAUUCCUUACGAUCGGGAGGCGCGACAGCAGCAGCAAAUUCCAACGUAAACGAGUGAUGUUGGAAAAAGCACGGAAGAUGGGCAUCAGAUUCGUCUAAAGACGGUUAUGUAAAAGACAGUUUAGAAAGCAGACUUUCAGUUUCAAAAAAUUUGGAUUUAUAAUAACAAACAUAAGACAGUCAGGUUACAUGCUUUGUUUGUUUUUGUUCAGUUCUUAAACUAUUUCGCAUAAUUUUUCAUACUUUGCUUACUUUUGAACAUUUAAUUCUAAGCUCGUCUGGCUCACACCUAAGUUGUGUUGUUCUUAAUGUGUUGGAAAUACUCUUAUAAGUGUAUAUUAUACUGUAAAUACCAUGUAGUGUGUUUGGCAUUUUUAUGAUUUCAAACAAUAUCUGUGACUACUGAUUUCAAAUCUUGCUAGAGCUGCUUGAUGAAACAUCAGACAAGUCCAAUAGUAUGUUUUAAAUUUUGUAGUACUGAAGAAAUGCCAAUGGAGGAGCCGGAACCAUGUCAUCUAGAGGAAAAGUUUUUAGUAUUUAAGUGGCAACUUCUACAGCUAUUUCAGUUUUGCCCAAGAUGUCAUUUUCCAGUUCGUGGUGUUGUUGAUAAAUGAGUUGGAACUUGCAUUCACAUAGUACAGAAGUGCUCUGCAUGUAAAUUUGUCAAUAAUUGGGCCAGUCAACCUUAUAUUGGAAAAAUGCCAGCUGGAAAUCUUCUUCUUUCAGGUUCCAUUUUAUAUUCUGGUAGUCUUGGUAGAAAGUGCCUGUUAAUGUUCAAGUUGUUGAAUACGGCUUGUUUUGGACGCAGUACAUUUUUUAGGCAUCAACAGCAGUAUGUUUUACCAACAGUUGUGCUUCAAUGGAGGCAGGCACAAAGUUCUAUUAUUGCUGACUUAAAGUCACAGAACAGAGGGUUGGUGCUUGCUGGUGAUGGACGCUCAGACAGCCCUGGUCAUUGUGCUAAAUAUGGUGCAUUCACUUUCAUUGAAACCAAGAUUAACAAAGUUCUAGACAUUCAACAAGUGCAGGCUUGUUUUUGUUCACCUUAUUUUCUAGAACAGCUACAUGUAUAUCUUAAUCAGAGCAAUGUAGUUCCAAAUAGUUCAUGGUGUGAGCAUGAAGGGUUAAAAAGAAGUGUUAGAUUUCUGAAGGAUGAGGGGUUGCAGUUAGACACCCUUAUUACAAACAGACACAGACAGAAUAACAAGUGGGUAAAGGAACAAACCACUUCUAUGACAUCUGGCAUGUUGCCAAGGACUUUCCAGUCAGGAGCAGAUAUCUUCCUUGGAGGCUUUUCAUAGCUUGAUAUUCCAUUUUACUCCCAAGAAUACAGCCUUUUCUUAUCUUUGAAUGUUAUGUAGACUUUACUUGGCUGGACUCCAUUAUAAUAAAAACUCUGAUCGUGACCAAAUGAUCAAGCUUCACCAUCAGAUACCCGGAAGGAAGGAAAGGACAAGCUGUACGUCCUGACAAAACUAAGCCUACUUAUGAUUAUGCCAUGCAUCUCCAACAAGAAUUGGUAGAUCGAUAUGCACAAGGGCCAAGCCAACUACGAGAUUCUGUCGAUAAUCUACGUGCUAAGGUACCCAACUGUCUAUCCACAAAUGCAGAUCAACCGGACAAGGCAGAGCAGUGGAGAUGUUUGUUUCCAGAUAUAACAGAUGACACUUGAAACAUUUGUUUGUGUCUAUAAAUUGUGCUUUGUACUGGAACUUAUCUUACCUUUUUGUUACAGCCACAUAAAAUUGUAAACUUUUAUUUUCACGUAAUGAGAAUUCCUUAGAAACUUUGUGCACAAAGUAUGAAGAAACAUCUUGUUGUUGACGACCAAAACUAGUAUGUACAUGUAUUUUAUUGCCUUUAUGGUCUGACAAGUUGUAAGAACUUGUUGAGAAAUGCUGCAUUAGACAGUGUUUUGGGAUUUUUAAUGCUUAACUGUUACAAUUACCUUACCUAGGUUUCUAGUUAUUUGGCCACUCAAAGUUUUUGUUUUGUCCAUCAUUUGCAGGAAAUGCAUUUCUAAUGCGUGACAUGACACAGGCUGGUAAAGGAGUAUGGUUGUUCUUUCCCAGGAAACCUUUUUUGUAAAGGUUGUGCUUUAUUAUAUAAAAUGUGUUUGAUAUUUAACCAUGGUUGAA